ACUCGCCGAGUUCUCCCCCCUGUCUCUCUCUCUCCAGUCCUGCUGCAUUUGCUCUUUCUCUCUCUCUUGCUGCAUUUGCCAUCUGUUCUAUCUCUCUCUACAUUCUUGACAGCAUUUGCCAUCUCUUUCUACACCCUUCACUGCAUUUGUCAUCUCUCUGUAACACUCUGAAGCAUGUGCCAUAUAUAAUAAUACAACUCUCUCUCUCUCUCUCUCUCUCUAGUACACAGACCACCCGGAAGAAGUGCAACCCUGUGAAUCGCUAUUCUUUCUCUCUCUGAGUACAUACUACAUUGAGCAACCGCUAGAACUGCAACUCAGUACUCUCUCUCUCUCUGUGAGGCCAGCUUCAAUGGACUACGAGAGGAUACACAAAGUGCAGGGAGGAACACGUUCUCCUACUAAAAUAAGGCUUAAACUAUUGGGAUCUCAAAAUAAGAGGAAGGAAGGAGGGAGUGAUUCAUCAAGAACAUCUCCUACUAAGUUUGAGGACUCAGAAUUUGCUAGAAACAGCUUAUUGAAAGGAGAUGGUGAAGAACUAUGUGAGCCAUGUGCAUCAAAUGAUCUCGAAGAAUGCCAACCCCACUACUCUUCCAUAGCCCUCACUAAUGAGGAGGGUUUUCUUGAUUCAAGCCCAGUUGAUCAGAAGGAAGUCCAAACCAAGGAAAGUGAACCAGUUCAGUUCAGGGUUCAGAAUUCUGCAAGACUUAUUAGUGACACAGUUGGGUCUAACAGUAACUUGGAUUUAGUCCAUCAUUCAGUGAGAAACUCAGAAGAUUAUAAUGAAGAAAACACCAAUUACUCUAGUUUCGAGUUUUACAAAGAAGAGAAAGGAGGUCAAAAAUCAUCACUGGGGCCAUUGACUAGGACUUCAAGCUCCAGCUCGAAGUGGGUUGAUGCGGAGAAAUGGGUUAUUAACAAACCAAGAGUUCAAUAUCAUCCCACUAUAAAUACAAAUCCAAUUAAGAAGAAUUCAUUUCAGGGUCAGGUGACCAAGCAAUCAGGGAUUCAUGCAACAAGGGUGGCACCAGAAGCCAUGGCUUCAGACCAAAAGGUUCUCCUUUCCCAUAUUUUGGUGACAAAGAAAUUUGAUUCAGAACUAUCCGUAUCUGAAGUUAGGCCUCCGGUUCAUAUAGAGAGGACUUCAGGUGCAGCUACUAAUCAAGGACCGUAUUUCCAUUACAAUGGAGUUGAAACCAGUAACUCCGAAGUUUCAGCAGCUGUGAAAUCGGUGUGUAUGAGAGAUAUGGGAACAGAGAUGACCCCAAGUGCUAGCCAAGAGCCUUCAAGGACUGGUACUCCUACUAAAGCUACAACACCAAUAAGAAGCCCUGUUUCUUCUCUUCCUUCUACACCAGGAAGAGCUGAACCUGCUAGUUCUCCAAGAGAGACAACUGGUCAAGAGUUAGCUCAAAAUUUAGAUUAUCACAAGAGAGAGUUAUCUGAAAGAGAAUUGCAUUUGAAGACUAGGAGAGAGAUUAUGGCACUUGGUAUGCAGCUAGGAAAGAUGAACAUUGCAGCUUGGGCAAGCAAAGAAGAAGAGGACCAUCGUGCUUCUGAGUCUCUCAAGACCAUGGAUGAAAGUGAACUUCUAGAGAGAAUGUUCAGAGCGCGUGCAUCAGAGUGGGAGGAAGCUGAGAAUACAAAGCAUAAUGCCAGAUACAAGCGUGAAGAAAUCAAAAUACAAACAUGGGAGGCUCACCAGAAAGCCAAAACAGAAGCUGAAAUGAGGAGAAUUGAGAUUCAGUUGGAACAAAUGAGAGCUCGGGCGUAUGAGAAGCUGAUGAACAAGCUGGCGGCAGCUAGGAGGGAAGCAGAAGAAAAACGAGAAAAUGCUGAAGCCAAAAGGAAUCAACAGGUGAUUAGAGCAGCUCGACAAGCUGACCACAUUCGUCACACUGGUCGAAUUCCGGUGUCUCUCCUUUGUUGUAGUUGGUUCACUCGCUACUGACGAUUUUUCUCUCUUCUUAUUUGGGGAAGCAGGCCUGAAACUGAUCCCAAUGAAUCAGUUGUAAAAAUGUGGAAUAUCAUCUAUUGAUGUCAUCAGAUUUAGAAGCAACAAGCUACCCACUUUGUAAUUUUAUGAGAUUUUCAUGUUCGACCCCAUAUUGAAGAGCGAGAUUAAGAGUUUAGAAGAGUAUAUUACUUUAAUUUUCAUGUUAAGCAUGUGUCUAAGUGUCUUUUCUCA